CUCCCAGAAUGGAGAGGAAGGUGGAGCCUGGCCCAACAACCAGUUUGACACAGAGAUGCUCCAAGCCAUGAUCCUGGCUUCAGCAAAUGAAGCCGCUGACGGCAACUCGACCCUGGGCGGCGGGACGGGCACCAUGGGGCUGAGCGCCCGCUACGGCCCCCAGUUCACCCUGCAGCACGUCCCCGACUACCGGCAGAACGUCUACAUCCCGGGCAGCACCGCCACCCUCACCAACGCCGCCGGCAAGCGCGACGCCAAGAACCCCGGCUCCUCGGCAGGCAACAAGAAGAAAUCCGGGAAGAAGGAGAAGAAGUAG